GGAAAUGCUCAGUCUUCAAAGACUUUUGGACAAGUCAAGAUGCUGAUCGCUCUAUUUAUUGCUUUAUUAAUUUCCAAUGGUUUUGCCAUUCAAACUAAAAACGAAGUAUGUACCCUCCAGUCGAUUUGUGACAAUAUUGUAGAGAUUACAUCGCAAGUGGCGGAUAUCCGCAAGGAGCAAGAGCGACAGGCUAAUAUUUUGGAGGGCUCCCCUGCUUUAUUUUUUGAACCAGGAAGAGAACCAAAAGCACUAAUCACCAAAAAUAAUGAAUUGUGUACUCUUUUAUCAAUUUGCAAUAAUCUAGCAGCUUUAAGCUCGGCGUUGGCUGAUGUGCGGGCAGAACAAGAACGCCAGGCAGAUCUGUUGGAGAAAUCCUGUAAAACUGAAACAGCUUCCUAUCCCGCAAAUUGUUACGAAGCGUUGAAAGACUCUCAGAAGAGUGGCGUUACUGAGAUCCGUGUGCCCGAGUACAGUGAUAACCCCUUUAAGGUGGCCUGCGAUCAAGAGAGUCAUGGCGGUGGCUGGACUAUAAUCUUAAGGCGGACGGAUGGUAGCGAGGACUUCUUUCGCGAAUGGAAGGACUACGAGAAGGGCUUUGGCCAAGUGGACGGUGAAUACUUCGUGGGAUUGGGACCGCUGCAUGCAUUGACCUCUUCGGUGGAACAGGAACUUCUGAUCAUCCUAGAGGACAUUGCAGGAGAGGGCUACGAGUUGUACGACAAUUUCAGGGUCAGUGGAGUACAUAACAAUUAUACCUUGGAAUCGGUGGGAAAUUAUACGGGCACCGCCGGUGAUGCUCUCGAGUAUCACGUGGGAAUGCAAUUUUCCACAAAAGACCACGAUAACGCAAGACCUCUAGAUUUUAAUUGUGCUGCAUCAUGUUCAGGAGCCUGGUGGUACAAUGUUUGUUAUCAAAGCAACUUGGCUGGUCUCUAUGGCGACUGGUUGCGCUGGAAUUCUAAUUACUUUUAUUAUCCAUUAAAGACCGCAAUUAUGAUGAUACGGCCCAAAAGCUAGUGAUUUCCUGAGAUAUCACGAGUAUAAAUGUAUAAAAAUUAAUAUUCCUAAGAGUGAAGACAACAAUUUCGUAUAAUCUUUAAAUAAAGUGAUGAGUUUCUAAAUAUUA